CGUUUAAAGCCGCAGGAUUUGGAUUAGCCUGUGUUAGAGCCGAUGAGCGAGUGAAGGAGGGAGGGAUGAAGGGAGGGAGCUAAGGGCUGAUUUUGAUCUUUUACCGGAUCGAGAGGAGAAGAAGGGGAGGUGCAAGGCACGGAGAAUGGGCUAUUUUGGACCCGGGCACUGAGCCUGCUUCCUGCGUGGUGUAUUAGGCAGUCUUCGACGCAAACAAAUCGCCUCCCGCGGCUACCGUCAACACGACGGCGACGACGACGACGCCGACAGCUUCUUCCAAUUUCUGUCAGCAAAGCCCCAGUUCCCGCCAGCCUGUUCCACGCUCAAGUGCUCCUCGCUGGACAUGAAAGUGCAGCAAGGCUGCAACUCGUCAGACAUGGGCAUCCCCGUCACCACCGAGGAAGAACUGCGCAGAAACAGCGUCAUCACGCCAGAAGAUGUGCUUGGUUUACAAAAGAUUACCAAGAACUACCUUUGUUCACCAGAGGAAAACGUACACAUGAUCGACUUCACCAGAUUUAAAAUUCGUGAUAUGGAAACAGGAACGGUCCUUUUUGAGAUCACCAAACCUCCUGCACCAGCAGGAGGCAGAAAACAAUGUGAUCCCAACGCCGGCCGCUUUGUUCGCUACCAGUUCACCCCCGCCUUCCUACAAUUGCGGCAGGUCGGAGCUACGGUGGAGUUCACAGUGGGAGACACACCCAUCAACAACUUCCGUAUGAUCGAGAGACACUACUUUCGUGACCAGCUACUCAAGAGCUUUGACUUUGAGUUUGGUUUCUGCAUGCCGAGCAGCAAGAACACAUGCGAGCACAUCUACGAGUUCCCUGCACUGUCAGAGGAUAUCAUGCGUGAAAUGAUCCUGCAUCCAUAUGAGACACAGUCUGACAGCUUCUACUUUGUUGACAACAAGUUGGUGAUGCACAACAAGGCAGACUAUUCCUACAGCGGGGGGCCGUAGAGCCGCCAUUUACUCCCCUUCUCUAGACAUUGUCCAUUCAACCGUUUCCACUUCAGGACCCAAAAUAGAAGAACCCACGGACAUCUCAUCUCAGUUGGCUCCUUGUGUAGUAAUGUACACCAGUGAGCAUUACAGCAGUGUAUGUGUGAGUGUGUCUGGCCAGCACAUGCAAUGUGUAUAUGAUACAUUUUUCUGUUCAGUUCAUUAGGUAGACGUUUCAUUUACAUUGUGCGUGUUUUGAGAAAUAGCCAGUAAUAGAUUAAGAUCACAUCACAGGUUUGUCUUUGCGUGGUCUGAUAUUUAUAUAGUUUAUACUACUGAUGGAUUCUUCUUCUGAUUCCACACGUGUCACAUGAUUCAAUCCCAACAUGAUCAGAUCAGAAUGGCGGACAAAGUUGAUGUUGGCAAUGUGUGUGCGUAUCAUUUUUAAUGUUUAUUUUUCAGGUACAUAGCACUUCUGUGUCUAGAGUAUUUUUCAAAGGAGUAGCCAUUUCUAAGUGUCAGACUGUAUACAUAGGAAUUUUGAUAUUCAUUACAUACACUGUAGUGCGGAACGCUGUGUAUACAUUUUAAGUAGAACAAUAAGUGUUGUAUGAAUUUUAUGUCCAAUUUUGAAAAGUGAAAUGACAUCAAUGCAAUAAAUAUGGACUUUU